AUGUUUAUGCGGCAACUAGACGCACUUUGGGAGCAUAUAAAAAGCCCGUUUCCUGCCUGCAAUAACAGUUCAGCCUAUAGCCUUCUUCUAGACAUAACAUUCCGAUUCUACGCGAUGUUGCGCCUUCGCUUUGUUGUCCUUCUCGCUGCCUGCUUCGUGGUAGCCAUGGCGAGCCAGAAGUGCAGCCGUUACUGCCAGACUCCUGGGCAGACUGACGUUUGCUGUGAUCCUCCACCUCCCCCUCGCUGCCCCUACCCCCCUCCGUGCAUCGACUUCUUCGACGGCAACUUCCCCUUCUGCUACAACGACCACCAGUGUCCACCGGGCCAGAAAUGUUGCAGAGACGCCUGUUCCCAAAGGAAAGUUUGUUUGGCCGUCUGAGUCAUGCCCCAGCGACUGCAUGGCCGCAUGGCACAAACUUUGGAUCAACUGUUGAAGAACUGUGCUUGGCUAUUUUAUAUCUUUCUUGUUUUUGCUGUUCGUUCGUUUCUUUAUCAUUUUCCCUGUGGACGCCGCCAAGAUCUUUCUUUU